UCGCCGCUGUGACGCAGAAUUUUGUAAAAAAAGGAAAACUUGUAAAAUUGGUGUAAUUUCGCGUUCUUGAAGCUGCAAUUGCUAUUGAAAAGUGAAGCAAAAGUGGCACUAGACCGGUGUCCACGCAGUUAAUGCCAAGAGCAGCCAGUAAACAAACGCCGCUGAUGCGCGAGAUGGCGGAUCUGGACGCAGUGCACCUGGGGCUGGACGAGAACGAGGCGGACAUAGCCGAGGAGCUGCAGGACUUUGAGUUCAACACACGCAGCGAGGCCUCGGAGUCGAAUGGCGGCGAUUCCACGGACUCGGAGCCGAGUAUAAGUUCGGUGAGCACCGCCACCUCCUCGCUGGUGGGCAGUGGCAAGCGGAAGACCAAGAAGCUGGCCAAGGAGUCCCCAGCACCAGAGACGAAGCCUGCGAAAGGCUCCAAGGCGAAGAACAAGCGGGAAACCACGCCGGAGGAGGUGAAUGGCAGCAGCAAGAACCAGAAAAGAGAACAGAAAAAGCGCACUGGCAGCGAGUCAGCCAAGAAGUCCGCAUCGGACACGUCCGAGAAGCCCAAGGCCAAGUCCCCGUCCAGCGAGGAUCGUGAGCAGCCGCCUGUUAAGAAGGCGAGAGGCAAGAAGAUAUCCUCUAAUACGGCCAACGAAUCCAUCGGCCACAAGAGCGAUGGCAGCGAGGCCGAGGACGAAACACCAGCGCUUCCAUCCCUAGAGUCCGAUAGCGAGUCCUCCGACUCAGAUUCGGGCACCCAACACAAGCGAAACGUGGGCAACGGGCGCGGCAAAACCAGUUCCAAGAGCUCAACGCCCGAGAAGGACACCGGACCGCCAACGCACUCACAGAAGGGCUACGACUACAUGACCAAGCUCAACUAUCUCUUCCGGGACACGCGCUUCUUCCUCAUCAAGUCCAACAACAGUGACAACGUCCAGCUGUCCAAGAGCAAGAGCGUAUGGGCCACUCUGCCGCAGAACGAUGCCAAUCUGAAUCAGGCCUUCAAGGAGGCCAGGAACGUGUUGCUCAUCUUCUCGGUGAACGAGAGCGGUAAAUUUGCAGGAUUCGCGCGAAUGGCGGCUCCGUCACGGCGGGACAUACCCCAGGUAGCCUGGGUGCUGCCGCCAAGCAUUUCGCCCAAGGCGCUGGGCGGCGUCAUCGAGCUGGACUGGAUUUGCCGCAAGGAGCUUUCCUUUAAUGCCACCCUACAUUUGCACAACACCUGGAACGAGGGCAAGCCGGUGAAGAUCGGUCGGGACGGUCAAGAGAUCGAGCCCAAGAUCGGAGGCGAGCUGUGCCGCCUCUUUCCCGAGGACGAGCAGAUCGAACUCACGCCCAUACUCAAGAAAUCCAAGGAGACGGCCCGAGUGAUGCGGGAGAAGGGCAUCCACGUGAUUUACAAGCCGCCUCGGAGUCUCUCUUCACGUGGACACGGCGGCGGCGGCGGAGGUGGCCGUGGAGGCCGUGGAGCAGGCCACGACCAGCUGGGCCCGAUGCGGCACAAGAGGAGCUACCACGGACCACCGCACCACCGUCCAUAUCGUCACCAUCAUGGCAUGGGCAUGCCGCCGUCCCAUGGCGGUGGUUUCAAGCGCAGCGGUUCUCCCUACCGCCAAAUGGGAAGCGGCGCCGGCGGAGCGCCCGGAGGUCCCAGCGAAAUGACCAUGCCCUCGUGGGAACGCUACAUGUCAUCAGCAGCAGCCGCAGAGGCAUAUGUGGCGGACUACAUGCGGAAUAUGCACGGUCAGCUUCCGCCACUGCCGUUCGUUCCACCGUUUGCACAGCUCCCCAUGCCCGGAGCCGGAGCGGGAGCGGCUGGUGCCCUGCAACCGAGCGCUGCAGCGGCCAUGUACGAACAGCUGCCGCCACCGGUGCGAUACUACGACGGACCUGGAGCACCGCCACUGCCGGACUAUCCGCCCCCACAGCGGCCACCGCCGCCCGGUUUUGAUAAGGCGCCAAGCUACGAGGAGUUUGCCGCCUGGAAGAACGCUGGCCUGCCCACAGUGCCGCCGCCAGGCUUUCCCGUUUACGGCGGAGCCCCCAAUGGUGGCAGCAACGGUGCUGGCGGAUCAGUGGGCGUUGGCCAGGCGGCAGGCGCCAGUGGAGGCAUGGGACCGGGCGUUGGCAGCGGCGGCGGAGGCGGUGCUUCCGGUCUGGGCGGACCUGGUGGCUACCGGAAUCGGGAUGGCAACAACGGCGGCUCCGCGGGCACGCGUCGUCGGGAGUACGGAAAUCGCAGUGGCGGCUCAUCGAGGGACUCGAGACCCUUUCGCGGUGAACGUGGCGGCGGCGGCCAGCGAAACUAUCGGGACAACAGGCGCUAGGCGGGAUCGGGGCAACGCUAAAAUCGCUAGAAUCGGAAAGUGUAAUCCUAAUUGUCUCGCGCGUGUGCAAAAUGCAAUGAGAAAUGCUGAAAACGCGCAUCGGUAUAAGCAAAAAGUAAAAAGUUAAUACGAAUUAGUAGAUCGGAACCCAACGGGGAACCCCCUAACCCUAUGAAUACAGCUAUCGUCUGCGAAUCGAUACAACAACAACAACAACAACUCUCUUUCCCCCAAUUUCUCUCCAAGCUACACCCUCCCCCAACCACCACCAACUCCACAUUAUGAUUUAAACAUAGACUUACGACCUAAGCAAAUUUCAAAACAGCAAAUUACAUGCUAAAUUAAAUAUUUUAAACAAAAAAAAAAUACAAAAUGAAAGAGAGAGAGAGAAAUUGUGAACUUUAUUUACCCAAAACAAAAUCUCAAAAAAAGAAGAAAAGAAAGAAAAUCAAAGAGAGACUUUAAGAGACGCCCAACAACAACAACCAACAACAGCAACAAAUACCAUGAACGAACUUAAGCUAAUAGAGAUAGCAAACAGUGCAAACAGUGAUGUGUGUAAUGUGUGUGUCAAACCCCACCCAACCCCGUAAACCGCAAGAAAACCCAGAGAGUUGGACACAACAGGGAAUGGGAAUACGUCAAAAAAGCCCGAAAACUAAACGGGAGUAAAAUACCCCCGAGCAUGAGCAAGAGACUUUCACAGACGACAGGACCCAGUCCCUUCGUCGUCUGUCGCUUUCGAUCCGAUCUAAGCUUCCUUAUACGUAGUAUAAAACUAAUGCAAACCAUAUUUAACCAUUUUACAUGUCUCGCCGACAGAAGACCGUCCCAGAAACAGACACACAUCCGCCUCCACCUCGGGCCCGGACAUCAUCCGUGGCUCCGUCGCCUCGGUCCCACUUUGGUCCUUGGCCCUUCCGUAGAAAUCCGGACCACUAGCCAUUCGAACUGUUUAACCGACUUGGCCGAAAACGCCUUCCCAAUUUAAUUCCACUCAAAAUAAGACUGCCACAUUUUCUCGCUCUUGACAAGCGUUGACCGCUGACAAACACAUUCCCGGACAGACCUAGGGAUGUUUGUUUCUUUGCAGGAUUCGUGAUACUCGUUUUUGGAUAAUGGAUUUGCAAAAGCAAAAUGGAUGGCCAAAUGAAUCGACUCAUAAAGACUGAUGAUAAAUAAAGACUGGAGCUGAUAAAAAAUA